UACUAAUAAUCCAUCCGUCUCCAAGAUCAACAAGAGUGAGACCCCUCAAACCAGCGAUAAUAAUGCCUCUAUGCUUAACAAAAGUAAGACCUCCCAAAUCAGUGACGAUAAUGCUUCCAAGACUGUCUAUCCUGUCAUCCCAACACCGCCUAAUCCGAGACCUAGCCAAAGGACACCUAAUCCCAAUCGUAGACGUAAUAUAUCGGUCUCUGGUGUUUUGCAAGAUGAUGAAUAUUAUACUGAAAGAGGUGAUUUCUGGACACCACUCUCGAAAGGUUCUAUAGAAAGACAUAUAGAAAAUGAAGAUUACCCCGAUGUGAAUCCUGGUCAGGCCCAAGAGAUGUUAGAUCAAUUAUAA